AAAUAAAGCCAAGACUAAAUACACGCCAAUGAUUAUGAUUUAAGUGAAUAUUAUUAAGAUGACUGAAGAGUACAUAUCGUAAAUUGUAGUUAAGCUAAAUGUAUCUUACAAUAAUGCUAAACAGCUAAUAUCAGCUGUUUGCAAAUUUUAGAAGCCAUUCCACAUAUAAAAAAGGCUAGAUCUAGCGUGAAAUAGGCCUAAAUGGCAGCACUGGUUCUAUCUCCUAUCCAUAUACAUAUAAGGUCUGGCAGCGCUAAAUAAAUCACAGCAACAGCAGAAAGCGUGAUUCCAGCGUGAUUAAAAAAUGAGUUAUUUAAUCCGGCAACUAUCCACGCAGCCGAAAUUAGCCCAAAUUCCCAAACGCAAAUGGAAAAGCGUUGUGGGCUUGGAGGUGCACGCACAAAUUUCAAGCGCCUCAAAAUUGUUCUCUGGUAGCGGCACAUCCUUCGGAUCGGCCCUAAACACAUCUGUGGCCUAUUUCGAUGCAUCCAUACCAGGCACUUUGCCGGUGCUCAAUCGAAAGUGUGUGGAGUCUGGCAUAAAAACCGCCUUGGCCCUGGGCUGUCAGGUGAAUGAAGUAUCCAUGUUUGAUCGCAAGCAUUACUUCUAUGCUGAUUUGCCAAACGGCUAUCAAAUCACACAGCAGCGUGCGGCUUUGGCGAACAAUGGGAAAAUGUCUUUUCCCGUGAUAACACCUGGCAAAAAGGUCUACUACAAGUCUGUUCAAUUGCUGCAACUCCAAUUGGAGCAGGACAGUGGCAAAUCUCUGCACGAUGACCAUCUCAAAAGAAGUUUAGUGGAUCUGAAUCGCGCCGGUCUGCCACUGAUGGAGCUGGUAUUUGCCCCAGAUCUGGAGACGGGCGAGGAGGCAGCCUCGUUGGUCAAGGAACUGAUGCUAAUACUCAGACGUUUGCAGACAUGCAACUGCAAAAUGGAAGAGGGCGCUCUGCGUGUGGAUGCGAAUAUAUCGAUUCACCAGGAAGGCGAUCCACUGGGUGUACGCACUGAAGUCAAGAACAUUGGUUCGGUUCGCAGCAUUUCGCAGGCAAUUACGUACGAAAUACACAGACAGCUCGACGCAGUGGCCGAGGGCGGGGUCAUAACGAAUGAGACACGCUCCUGGGAUGCGGAAAACAGGCGCACAGUGGCCAUGCGUGACAAAGAAGUGCUGCAGGACUAUCGCUUCAUGCCAGAGCCAAAUCUACCGCCUUUGCAUCUAAACCUCAAGCCGGGCUCCAAGUCCACCGAGGAUCUCGUGUCUGUGGCAGCUCUAAGCGAAGAAAUUCCCGAGCUGCCAGAAGAUACGCGCCAGCGUUUGGUCGAACAGUACCAGCUGAAUGCGGAGACGGCCAUUAUUUUGGUGAAUGAACCCAUUCUAUUGGAUUAUUUCUUGAAUAUAACGAGGGAUCUCAGUGAGGUGCCCACGAAAGUCACCUCAAACUUUCUCAUCAACGAUCUGCUGACUUAUUGCAAUAAAUCCAAUUUGAAUGUGGAGGAUUGCUCUAUAACGGCCAGCGAUCUAAAGAACAUAGUCAAGGGCCUGCACUCGGAACAGAUUAAUCUUCAGGCAGCCCGCCAGCUCAUUCAACUGCUGCACACAAAUCCCACAGCAAAAGUGAAUGAGUUGAUUGAGCAGCACAGUCUGGAGCAGAUUUGCGAUCUGGAAACCAUCGAAGCCUAUUGCCAGCAGGCCAUGGCCAAUCAGCCCAAGGCAGUGCUGCAAUAUCACAAAGGUAAGGCCAAGGCACUGUUUGCCAUUGUCGGGGAGGUGGCCAAGAUCUCUGGGCAAAAGGCAAACAUGAAGAGCGUUGUCACGUGCCUGGAGAAGAUGCUGAAAGCCGCAAAGUAGUGAGACAUGUUUGUGUUCAAUAGAUGUGUAUUUCUCUUGUAUAUAAGUAUAGUUUAUAAAACAUGCAGUCGUUUGCAGUCCGCACUGUAUAUAGGUUUAGAUAUGCUAGGGAUUAAAAUAGAUUUUUUUGUUUGCCUU